UCCUUUUUCUGCUGACAGGCUUCAUUGCAGGACUUUAUUCAAAGGUGUUGACAUCGAGCAGGAAGACAGUCCACUGUCUCAACACAGAAUUAUGAAGCCUCUUCUUGGAUGGCUUUUACUUUUCUAUGUUUGUCUUCUGGUUCUGCAACUGCCAAGAUCAUCUGGAACCACAGCUUGCAACGGAACCAGAGACAAGGACCUGCUCUGGAGAUGUCAUUAUGACCUCACAGAAGAAUUUAAGCCUAACCAUACGAAGAUAUACUGGCAAGGACAAUCCUCUGUUUUGGUAUUCUACAAUAACGGAGUAAUUACGAAAGACAAAGACAAAUUUAAGGAACGGGUUGAAAUAUUUCCUGAACAGUUAAAGCAUGGAAACUUUUCCCUUCGCAUUAAUCCACUGAAACUCGAUGACGACAACACAUCACUUGAAGUUAUUUUUAAAGCAAAUCUCCAACCAAAAAUAGGAAUGUGCCAGGUGACUGUGUAUGUAGCAGCACGUUUCGAGGAACCAAACAUCCAAAUAAACGAAUCAGAGAAAAUGGCAACCUGCAGCACAAAGGGAGGUUACCCAAAACCACAAAUCACAUGGACCACCACUGACAGCAAGCAUUCUUUUUCACUGCCAGAACAAGGCAUCAGUUCUGUCCCAGCAGAAAAUGGCACACUCGACAUCAGCAGCACAGUCAGCAUCAAUGGGAUUCAGUCUGUGACCUGCGACGUUUUCAACCCAACUUCCAAGGAGACUCGCACAGCAACAAAAAUUAUAAGUGGAUCCUCCCCAUUACAUCCUGGGGCUAUAGCCAUUAUUGUAAUUAUUUUAGUAGUUGGAAUACUAUGUGUCCUCUGUCUGACUGUCAGAAAAAGACCUCAGUGGUUUUCAUGGUGUCCAGGGCUGGGCUGCUUUUUUCAGAAUCCCAAUGCCAAUGAAGCCUACCAACCUGCACAACAAGAAAGAACCUAAUGUUUGGGAGGAAACCAGAGUCUCUGGAGUUGUGUUUCCUGUUAAUCAUUCAAAACACUUCAUUAGCUGAACACACACCUGACUGAGAUGGUGUGCAGGAUGUUGGGUCCAGAGCAGUGGUGGGCACAGUUCCGCUAAUCUGCUAAUUAUCAAAGCUAAUGUUUUCAUUUUUGGAUUAUCUUACAUAACUUUCAAAACCAUCAGCGGACCAAUUAGCUUCCGAUAAAUUUAGGUCCAAUAUUGUUUAAACCUCUAACAUAUUUUUGCAGGCAUAGCAAAUAAACCUUAACAGUUAAAAACAUUUGUGAAGCUUGAAAUCAAAUAUUUUAGCACCUACCUGUUAAAUGUUUCCUAGCAAACAGACACCUCUAUUUUCUGCAGACAGAGAAGACCUGGUUACAGAAGAGAAUGGAAACAAGAGAGGAAAAAAAAAAUCAUUUAUAUUAACACUGUAAUAACUUGUUGGCAUAUCAUGCAAGUCAUCAUCAGGCAUACAGUUUCAACUUAUAGUUAAAAUUUUAACCAAACUAAAUCCAGACAAGUUAUUUAACGUAACGUCUGGGUUUUAUAAAGUGAAAAUAGCUAUAUGUUUUCAUUUUAAAGUAAUG